AUGGCCGCCAAUGCCUGCCUCCUUUCUACUCUCAUAUUUGCCCCUCCCUCGCUUCAUUGGGGCUGCCAACGGCGACUUCGAUUCUUUCCACCUCUUCCUGCGGUUGCCCAGCACACACAAGCAAUUACGCCUGUGAGCAGACUCGAACCCACACUUCCUUUUUCUAUCCGACCCUGUGAUGGCUCCUCAGCCUCCUCACGAUUCCAAUUUUGCCGCCUCGGGCGUUAUUUCCCCAAUCUUGUUGUCGGUAUGUGUCUGUGUCUGUGCGCCGCCUAUGAAAACCACCCCGUUGGUGUAGCAAAAAAUGUAGGCCUUCAUGACUGGUGCAGAGAUUUCUCUUCCGGCUCAAAUGCGAUGCCAUCCCUACCACCACGCGCGACCCUUUUGAAGAGGCCCGACUCGACGAGGAUGAUGAGGGCGUCGGCUGGCGACGACAAGUGCAUAGUGCCAGUUUCGGCUUGCUUCCCACUUUAG